AGCUGGGACGUCGACCGAAGAGGUCCUACCCAACAGUCGCUCUCAGCGAAUCCGUCUCAAGCCGCGACCUUUUUAGAUAAUGGACGUAACACGUACAUCCUGACCUCUCCGGAAUUGUGAUUGUGUAAAGGGAGUAAUUACGAAUUUUGGUGUGAAGUGAUAAAACGAUUUUUUCUUCAGCGCCUAUACCGGGUUUUGUAGACCGAGGGGAAACUUGUUGCUUGCGUCCGUCGUAUUUGAUACGAACUUUAUAGGCGUCUGUUAUAAUUUUGGAGAGAUUUUCAAAAUUUUUACCAAACCGAACGUCUGGGCAACGAAACUGUAGCUUGAAACAUAAAAAAGGGGCCUCACACCUACCCGUCAGCAGCCAUGGGUUGUGCAAUCAGCAAUGCUGCUGAUAGGGUUGCAGCAGAAAGGAGCAAGAAGAUAGACAAAGAUUUACGGCUAGCCGGGGAAAGGGCUGCAAGAGAAGUUAAAUUAUUACUCUUAGGUGCUGGUGAGUCAGGAAAAAGUACAAUAGUUAAACAAAUGAAAAUUAUUCACGAAACGGGAUACUCUCCGGAAGAAUGUGAACAAUACCGUCCAGUUGUCUAUUCGAACACAAUCCAGUCUCUCAUGGCCAUCAUUAGAGCCAUGGGGCAGCUCAAGAUCGACUUUACUGAUUCCAGUAGAGCGGAUGAUGCCAGACACUUUUUCACACUUGCAAGUGCAGCAGAUGAAGGAGAGCUGACGCCAGAAUUGUCUAGAGUAAUGAAACGAUUAUGGAAUGAAAGCGGAGUUCAGCAUUGUUUUAGCCGAUCGCGGGAGUAUCAGCUUAAUGAUUCUGCGGCAUAUUACCUGAAUGCCUUGGAUCGUAUAUCGAGACCGGGGUACAUUCCGACACAGCAGGAUGUUUUACGAACAAGAGUUAAAACAACUGGCAUCGUGGAGACAAACUUUUCAUACAAGAAUCUUAAUUUCAAACUUUUCGAUGUUGGUGGUCAGCGUUCUGAAAGGAAAAAAUGGAUACACUGUUUUGAGGGUGUAACAGCUAUUGUCUUUGUUGUUGCUUUGUCAGGUUAUGACCUUGUCCUAGCUGAGGAUGAAGAAAUGAACCGAAUGAUUGAGAGUAUGAAGCUGUUUGAUUCCAUAUGCAACAACAAGUGGUUCACAGAAACCUCCAUAAUUCUUUUCUUGAAUAAGAAGGAUUUGUUUGAGGAGAAAAUCACUAAGUCUCCCCUAACUAUAACCUUCCCAGAGUACACAGGUAGCAACACUUACGAAGAAGCUGCUAAUUAUAUUCGUAUGAGGUUUGAAAGCCUAAAUAAAAGAAAGGACCAGAAGGAAAUAUAUACCCAUUACACAUGUGCAACAGAUACCAACAAUAUCAAGUUUGUCUUUGAUGCAGUUACUGAUGUCAUCAUCAAGAACAAUCUCAAGGAUUGUGGGCUGUUUUAGGAAGUGUCAUGCAUUGGACUAGAGCAGGUAUUAUAGAACCACCUUUGUAUGCAAUCCCCGACACUCAUCACACUUACGUAGGGUUUCCUUAAGUUGGUUCUUUUGCCCUUCCUUCACAUUCCUAGCAGGAUAUGGAGUUAGUACCAAAGUACUCAGUAUGAUUACGAUGGCUACACAGGUAUGCGUAAAUGUUUUCUGCCGAACAUAGUAGUGACGAAAAUGUAUCACGGAUUAAACUAAUGUGCAUAUCUGUUGUUAGACUUGAGUCUUGUGCAUAAAUGGUUUAUAGAGUUGAUAUCUGUAAAUCAGCAAAAAUGUGCAUGUGUGGACAAGUGUGCCAUGUAUUAAUUUGGGCCAGUGAUUUUUGGUAACGCCAAUGUUUUGCAAGUUUCUCGUUAAGUUCUUCAUGCUGUGACAGAAGUGGACUCCUGCCAGACAAGUUUGUCAAGUUGGAACAAAAUAUUUCCUUACUAUUUUUUUAUGCUUGCUAGAAAUGUUUUCCUUGGCAAUGCUUUUUAGUGCCUAAUUUGUAAAUGAUACGUGAUGCAACUUCUGUGCAUUAUCAAAUAACCUGCUUGAGGUAUGUAUCCGUGUGGCUGUGCUAACAGCCAGUGAAUUUUCUUAAAAGUUGAAUACAGUUUAUUUAAAACAAUGUACUAUUUGAUAAAUAGCAUAUAUUUAGUACUGUAGUAUAAAGUGAAUUUUUAUCAAGAAAAUUUUGUGAAAUUAUAUUAAACUUUAUGUAUUUUGGUAUAUAUUUAACUAAUUAUUACUGUGCUUUCUUUGUAGAAGGUAUUAAUUUUAAUAUCCUUCAAAUGUUAUGGAAGAAACUUUUUGAAGUUUAAAAUUCUUGAGGUUCGGUGAAUGGAAUAGUUUGAGGAUUAAUAAAUUAUCUUUUAGAUACUUAAACGCAUUUGAAGAGGGUAUUUGUGCAAUAUAUUUAGAUUGGUGGAUUUAUUGUAUCUGAAAAUGAUUGAUCGGUGACCUUGUACAUACUACAAGAAGCCAUAGUUAUCAUAAUUUGAAGAUGUGAUUGGUAUAUUUAAUGACCCUUUGAAGGCCACAUAGUUUAUUAGUAUCAUGGUUAAAUUGACUUCAGUCAAGCUCAAAAUAGGAAUGUAAAAGUACAUUUUCUUUGGUAGCACAGUAAUAGUUUUUAUUUUUGUAAGCCGAAAUAUUUUUAGGAACUAUGUGGUAGUUUGAAUGUAACUUUUUUUUUUUUUUCUUCUUAAUAGAUAUUACUCCGCUUUCCAGUUGUAGCUAUGCAGGACAUUGGUUGGUUGGAUUUUUGUAUUUUAAAAAUAAAGCCUGAGUUUUUUGUACAAUUUACAGUAUAGAACUAAGGCUACAAGGCAGAAGUUGCCACAAGUUGUAAACAUUUUGUAAGCAUUAUAUAAUUGCUAAGGAUAUUAUCCUAAUAAUUCUCUUGUAAAUGGAUGGAUGGUAGAUGCUGUCAGGCUUAGAAUUUGCUAUUUUGGUGUUGGCCAGUAUCAUCCAUGUAGAGGAAGGCUAUAACAUGUAAAUAGUGAUGUGAGAGUACUAUGGAAAAACUUGAAAAGGCAAAUGAUAUAAAAGCCUAACUUGAGAUUAGGUAUACAGAUUGUCUCAGAUUAUGGGCAAUUAUAAUAUGCACUAGUGUGGAAGAUGUAGUUUGGAAAUUUGCUUUCAUAUCUUCAGGUGAGGUUAUUGCAGGACAGUUAUAUGCAAGUUAGGUGCCACAUUCAUCAUCAGUCUAGUUAGAAACCGUUGCAGUUGCACAAUCUUUUAAGUACAUCAGUACAGAGGAUCUUGUGCUUCUGCGUUACAAUUGUUUUUAAUAUGUGAUGAGUAACUUUUGAGCCUUUAAUUUCAUUACAACUUAAUAUUAGAUGCAGGUUCUUGGGGCAGUUAUGUAUUUACUCAUGGGGAUAAUUCUCAAAACUUUAAAAAUAUUUUCUAUUCAUAAAGAUCUAUUAAAAUUGAAUUCAUGGUAUGACGACUUCACAAGUUGACACUUGUGGGAGUUUAGCUGCUCUUGUGAGUUCGUGGGACCUGCUUUGUUUUUAUUAAUGGUCAGUGUCACUUCCUAGACUGUUUUUAAGAUAUGAUUGGCAUGUUUUUAAAGUGAGAUUUAUGAUUGACAUCUCUGAAUUGAAUAUUGCCUCUUAAUGGUUAAGAUUGGUUAGAAAAGUUGUAGUCAGUCUAAACAUAAGAGCACAAAACUCAGUAUGAAAGCAUUUUAAAUUUUUACUUGAGGUAAAAGCACACAGCAACUGAUAGUGGCCAGAAUACUUUACAGUUUACAUUGGAUUUGCAUACAGUAAAAUUUUUUUUUCAUGAUGCCAUAAAAUUUAAUAGUUGUUACAUAGCUGUCAACCAGCUGCAUUUAUUUGCCAAGUAGGGUUACAAUCUAAAAUAGAUGGUCAAGGGUACAAUUCUCUGACUCAUUUUCUAGAAUGGUUGACUACUAGCUAUGUGAUCUAGUGGAUUACUUUUGUUACAUAUAUUUUUUUAGAGGAAUGAAGUACGUACUUUUUUUACAAAUACUGUAGAAUUUUCUAGAGGAAUUAACCUUAAACUUGGAGAAGUCUUGUAGUUAGGAAAAUUUAAUUUCACUCAUCAGUUUUUCAUAUUCUUGUACAGCUGUGAACAGUAAAUAGUAAAAGGUG